CAUGAGUGCUCAGCCUGGCACGCACACAAACACACACACACACACACAAAAUCAUAGGUAAGUACACAAAUACAGACAUAUGCUCAUACCUGAGCACUUUGGAAAUCACCUAGAGAUACAAUACAAGGAAUAAAAGGACCCAGUCUGUGUGAGUGUUGACACAGAGUCCUGUGGGCCUGAAGUGAGGAGGCAGGUUGGUCGGCUGUUUUGUUAAGACUCUGAUCCACCACAGCACUCCAGUCAACAUCAGCAGGUGACGGACUCGGAGAGAGUUACUCUCACGUGGGAUUUUGUCAUUUCUCCUCUGAGCAGCGUGAAUUUUGACAAAGAGGUGAGGCCGUACUGACAUUAUUCACCAAACACCAUGGAUCAGGAGGAUGACAAAAACUCUGUGGAUAUCCAUGACAACCCUCCAGCUCCUGACAAUGUAGUGAAAGAGGACGGAGACACUGUCUAUUUCAUAUAUGAGGAGGAGGUUGAGGUGGAGGAGAAGGAACCAGAACCUCCACCACCUGUUGUCCGGGUCAAUGACAAACCCCACAAGUUCAAGGACCACUACUGCAAGAAGCCUAAGUUCUGUGAUGUCUGUGCUCGUAUGAUAGUCUUGAACAACAAGUUUGCUCUAAGGUGCAAAAACUGCAAGACCAACAUCCACCAUUCAUGUCAGUCCUAUGUCGAGUUCCAGAGGUGCUUUGGUAAAAUUCCACCUGGCUUCAGACGGGCCUACAGCUCCCCCUUGUACAGCAGCGACCAACCAGAUCCAAACAACCCGAACCGAAACGACCCUGUCUUUGACACCCUGAGGGUCGGUGUCAUCAUGGCAAAUAAGGAGCGCAAAAAGAAUGAAAAUGAUAAAAAAAAUAUGAUGGUGAUGAUGGAGGAGGAAGAAGAGGAGAACCAACAACCCAAAGAGAAUGAGGAGGGAGGAGAAGGAAAGCCUGAUGAUAAGAAGGAGAAAGGCGGCGACAAAGCAGAUGACAAAAGUAAGGGUACAUUCUCCCAUUCCCACUACUAUCUGGCUCUCUACCGUUUCAAGGCCAUAGAGAAAGAUGACCUGGACUUCCACCCUGGUGAUCGGAUCACUGUUCUGGAUGACUCCAAUGAAGAGUGGUGGAGGGGAAAAAUGGGGGAGAAAUCAGGCUACUUCCCAACCAAUUACCUCAUAAAAGUGCGUGCAUCAGAAAGGGUUUUCAAGGUGACACGCUCCUUUGUAGGGAACAGAGAGAUGGGACAAAUCACGCUGAAGAAAGAUCAGAUUGUGGUGAAGAAAGGAGAUGAGAAAGGCGGCUACUUGAAGGUCAGCACUGGACGCAAGCUGGGCUACUUCCCUGCUGAUCUGCUGGAGGAGAUCACUGUGACAUAAAAACCACGACAUGCAAUGAAAGAGCCGUGCAGGCACACUUUAAAUAUCAGCACAAAUUACUGCUGCAAUUUUCUAUAUUUGUUGCCUCAACAAAUAUCAUAGCAGAAAUGUGUCUGUUGUGAUGUAUGUGUGGUGAAGCACGAAGAAGAGGAGAGAUUGAUUUGAUAGUUUGAAAAACUAUUUCAUUAAUAUGUUAGUAAGAGACAAUCAGGUGAUUUAUUUGCUUUGUUGUGAAUAGCAUGGUAAUACAAAUGGUCAGAUGCUUUAAGUUAAACUGCUGGUUAUAGCUAGCGUUGUGGAAAGGGAAAGGCAAACCUAGGGAGCUUUGCAAAAUGUUAUGAAAGAAUUCAUUAAUUAAUAUGAAAGUAGACAAUUAACAAAGACUUCUAAUAUAUACAAUAUAUUUAAAUUGGACAAUAAGAACUCCUGUUACAUCUCACAAUAGGUUAGUAAGGUUUGUUUUAUUCCCAUUAAACAUAGUAUUAAUAUACAAUAUAUUUGUUUUAAAACGAAUGAUUAUAGUUAUGAUGAUAAUGGUAAUUUUAGUAUUGUCUAAUAAAAUAGACUGUUUGCAAAGCUCUCUAUGUCAUUUAUAGUUACCUAAUAGAGGCUUCAAAGCCAUUUUAACAUGUACAUAGCUUUAUAUUA